AUGGGCGAGUCGGACCAGUUCAUUGUUGCUAGUCCAUUUCGACCUAAGCAGAAGAGACAGAAGACACGGCAAAGCUCUGCUCGGGAGACAGUGUUGCGACAAGAAGGACAAGAUCGACAUGGGGAGGACGAUAAUGCUGGCGACCGUUCGGUUGAUCAGACGUGGUCCAGCUCGACUAUGUCGUUGGUAGCAGAUGCCUUUCAAUUCCACAAUUCUUCUACACCCGAUACAUCCAUGACAACGGCGUUUCCCGGUGGAGCGACAAUCAAUUCACCACCGGAAAGAAGACCCGGAAGGUCAAAAAUCCCCUGGAUGCAAGGAUCGCGUUCUGCGAUAGCAGAGCUGAUCGGAUUACUUCCCUCGCGAGAAGUUGCCUCUUUAUUAGUCGACACCUACUUCGACCGCGUGCACUGGUUCAUCUUGAUAUUUCACCAAGACGACUUCCGGCGGAACUGGGAACAGAUGUACGAGCUCUCGGCGCAGGAUCUGGUAACAAAAUAUCCAAAUCCCGGGUUUAUUAGUACCUUUCUUGUUGUGAUUGCCAUCGCCCUGCAAUAUGCAGGCUCCCACGGCGGGAGACUCUGCGAAAUCACAAUGUCGCCCAUUCAGAUUUGA